GACGAAGAAAAUGAGUUCAUGAGUAAAAAUUAAGUAAAAGUGAACGAUUAUUUUUCUUCAGCAUCUAGUAUUGUUACUAAACAUAUAUAUAUUUAUAUUUAUAAGAUAAAAGGUACUUGACCUGGUUAUGAAGUACAUCAAACCAAAAAGUAUUACAAUUGCAACUAAAGGCAGGUGUAUAUGAUAGCUGAAUAUUCUUUAUGUCCAUGAUUGAAAACUGAUGCAAUGAUGAUGGACCAAGAGGAACAUUUAAUAGAAAAAGAUCAACCAAAGUGUUUCACACGUUCGGCAGCACGACAUCUUCGCCGUAAGCGUUUACACGACGCUCGUAAAGCUGAAAAGCAAAAAGAAAAUUUGGUCAAAGACAUAGUUGCCGUAUCAAAUCGAGAAUUCGCUACUGCAAAAAGCACAGAUCAGCCAGAACUUAUAACAAAGUCGAAAGCUCGGAGAUUGCGAAAAAAGAAUAAAGCAAAACAGCUUCAGAACUGUUGUUCGUAUUGUGAAUCAUAUUGCGAAGAUUCAGCACUUGUUAUUGAACCAAUUAAUAAUCAAGAAGUUGUUAAUGAUAACGAUACGAAAGAUAUAAAAACGUUAACAAAAUCUAAAGCUCAGCAAAUACGAAAGGAUAAUAAAACAGGUUGGAUGCAAUGCAGCUGUUAUUUUUGCUGUGAUACAUACAUUUCUAUUAUUGACCCAAUUUUGGCGAAAUAUAGCAAGCCAGAAGAAAACGAUUUGAGCCGUUUGACCGAAUUAGUAACAGAGUUUAGUAUCGUUGAUGUUGAAGCGGAGAUGAAUCGUGUAGCGGCGGACGGGAUAUCAAGAAAUAGCACGCACAAAAACCUUGAACAUAAUAGCCCAAUGAUUACAUCGUCUGAAAUGACUGACAAUAAAGUAAACGUCUCAGAAAAGUCGAGAGAAGAGAUUAAGGCUGAACGCGAAGCCAAGAAAGCUGCUAAAGCACUUGCCAAAGCAAAAGCUAAAUCUACCAAAAUAGAAAGUAAAGAUAUUAAACCUGGCAAGGUAGAAAGUGAAGAUACUAAAUCCGAUAAGGUUGAAAAUAAAGAUACUUCCGACAAUAAAAGUGUACCUCUUGAUAGUAAAAGAAAUAAACAAAACAGUGAGAUACCCGAGGAUCAGGCUUCCAAUAAGGCAUUUAUAGUUAAUAAGACUGUAAACGCAUGUAUAAAAAAUGCACCUGCAGAAGGUAGAAUCGAAGGUAAAAGUAAAGCGGAGUUACGAGCUGAGAGAAGAGCAAAACAAGAAGCACAAAGAGCAGCGAAGCAACAGCAUUUGGAAGGAAAAAGUAAAGUGAAAACUAAGGAGGAGUAUAAUAAUAAAUCGGUUAAGCAAAUCACUGGUGAAACAGAAGUUAAAAAGAAAAUUGUAACGCCUAAAAAAAUUGUCCAGAAAGAUAAUUCUCAUGAGAUAAAUCUCUUUAAACAUUUAUAUCACGAAAGAGAACAAGCUAUUGUUGAUGUACAUUUUGUCAAUUCAAGUAUACAUCCUGCAAUAGUCAGGCUAGGUACACAGUAUGAAAAUAAAGUGAUCGUUGGCAGUAAUGCAAGAUGUGUUGCACUGUUGGCCACUGUAAAACAACUUAUUCAGGAUUUCGAACGACCAUCGCAAGCUGAUUUUAUUAGGGGUCUUGAAGCAACUUUACAAGAAUCUAUAGCAUACUUGCAUCAUUGUAGGCCAUUAGCUGUUUCUAUGCAAAAUGCAUUGAGACACUUAAAAUGGCAAAUGACACAAUUAUCUGCUGCAUUGUCUGAUAUAGAUGCAAAAAAUAAAUUAAUUAAUGCAAUAGAUACUUAUAUUCUUGAACAAAUACAACUUGCCGAUAAGGCAAUAUCAAUAACCAUUCAAACAAAAAUAUCCAAUGGAGAUGUUAUUCUUACUUAUGGCUAUUCAUCGUUGAUUCAUAAAAUACUGUUAGACGCUCACACGGCGGGAAAGCAAUUCCGAGUUAUUGUUGUCGAUGGAAGACCAUGGCUCGAAGGAAAAGAACAACUUAGACGGUUAGCAAAAAGUGGAAUCGAAUGCUCAUACAUUUUAAUCAAUGCUUUAAGUUAUGUAAUGCCGGAAGUAAGUAAAGUUUUUCUUGGUGCUCAUGCGAUAUUAGCCAACGGCGCUGUAAUGUCGAGAGUUGGUACUGCUCAAGUUGCUUUAAUGGCAAGAGCCUUUAAUAUCCCUGUAUUAGUAGCCUGUGAAACUCACAAAUCUUGUGAACGAGUGCAAACAGAUUCUAUAGUCUACAAUGAAUUAGGGAAUGCAGAUGAACUCGCACAAGUCUAUGGAAGUGGAACGAAGAAAUCGUUACUUGCAAAUUGGAAGACUAGAAAGUCAUUGAAUCUUUUAAAUAUCACGUACGAUGUUACGCCAGCUGAUUUGGUAACAGCUGUGGUCACAGAAUUGGCUAUUUUACCAUGCACUAGUGUUCCUGUGAUUUUAAGAAUCAAACCAUCUGAAAUUUAAAUGAUAGUGCUUAGAAACAAUGUCUGUUACACCCUCAUAAUAUUGAAAUAUAAACAUACAACUUUUUAAACGA